GGAACAAGGGAAGCUCCGGACCAUUGAUCAUCUGAACCAUUGGGUCUCUGUCAGAGAUCGUUGCUCCACUCUUGUUGUUUGGACGGAGACAGACUUGGCUGGAGGGGGAGGAGGAAGUUUGAAGUGGGGGCUGAAAAGUCGAAGAUGCAGUCAGAUGCGCAACUUUUUGUGAAUGACAGGGGAGAAGGGGUUGUGUGCCUGCUCCGUCCCGGACGGGCGCUCAGCUCGCCUGUUGGGGCGGCCGAGGACCAUGACCCUGGAGUGCGUACUCGUGGAGGAGACGGACAUCGACGUGGAGGGACAAGCAGAUGGCCGGGAAGACGCGAGGGGCACACACGAGUCACGUUUGAAUGACACGAAUGCAAACUUGGAGCAAAACGCUCCGUCCCUCCCCCCCCCGCUGCGGGAGGACGCGGCAGGCGCGAGAAGCGCCUCGGUCAAGCCGCCGUACUCGUACAUCGCUCUCAUCACCAUGGCAAUCCUCCAGAGCCCGAGCAAGAGGCUGACCCUCAGCGAGAUAUGUGACUUCAUCAGCCAGCGGUUUGUGUACUAUCGGGAGAAGUUCCCCGCGUGGCAGAACUCCAUCCGGCACAACUUGUCUCUGAACGACUGCUUUGUCAAAAUGCCACGCGAGCCCGGGAACCCCGGGAAGGGGAACUAUUGGACCCUGGAUCCCAUGUCGGCCGACAUGUUCGAAAACGGCAGUUUUCUCCGGCGGAGGAAACGCUUCAAGAGGCGACGUUUCCAUUUCGGAACGGCGAAGGACUGUGAGGCGCGGGGCUUCCCUCCCCCCGGAGCGCACAGGCUGGCGUCGUGUCUCCAGGGACUCGACGCGUACCGGGGCCUGACUACGUCCAGACGUUUACAUCCUCAGACUGGUUUUAACAUCUCGCCUGAGCACAGAAUGAUACCUGCGCUCUCCUCGCUCCUCUCCAAGACUUUCCCCUCUUGUUUGACCUUUGAACGUUUGGACCCGGGACGCUGCGCCGUUGUUCCAACGUUGGCACCAAGCUCGUCGAUCGUACCCGCUGUGUCGGUGCACGGGAUGAUACCCAACUACCCAGUUGCCCAGUUGUCCACUUUUCCUACUGGGAUCAUAAAAAAUUCACUUCAUUUUAUUUGAUUUGAUGAUCAAAGAAAUGAACUGAAUUUGCAUCCCUCUUUACGCAUGGUACUUUAUAUAAACAUGUAUUUUAGCAGCGUUUGCUUGACGCAAAUGAUGUUGAAUAACUGAUAUUUUACAACUUUUUAAAUGUUCGGAAUAAAAUGCGACUGGGUUUGCACCGUGUCUGCAAUUUUAUGAUCUGGUUUAUCAUCACCAUGAUCACCAUCAAAUAAUGUAGGCCACGAGCACAUGCAUCUUCUCAGACACGUUUUAAUUGCCUGUUGUAUAUUUUAUUUAUUAUCUAAAUGUUUAGUUGCUUAAUUAAAAUAACUGCGAGUUCAGGCCACAAAAAACUAAACAAUAUCAAUAAUAAUUCCUUGAUAAUAUUAUUAAUGAUAAUAAUAAAAAAUGAUAAAACAAA